AUGGUGAAUCCCUACCUGGUUGGAAUGGAAGAGUUAAUUUCAUUCAUGGACGAAGGGAAAGCGCCUUACCUGUAUGUAGAACUAGACUUCAUAGAGGUGACCAGUAAGAAAGCUGCUCUUAUUGAAACCUACAAUCAAUUGAGGGAUAAAGUUGGUGAAACUGCAUCAAUUUCUCAAGAGAAAGGGGAAGUGCUUAGCGAUCACUACAAAUUACUUCCUGUUGACUUGCGUGAUCUACAGAAGUUAGAUGAUAUUGUUACUUUAGCUAAUAUAGAUCCCAGUUUGCCAACAUUUAUAAUUGCAGAAUGCGUUCUUAUAUACUUGGAUCCAGAUUCAAGCCGGGGUAUAGUCAGAUGGGCUUCUAAGACAUUUUCUACAGCUGUAUUUUUCUUAUAUGAGCAGAUUCAUCCAGAUGACGCUUUUGGUCAACAGAUGAUUAGAAAUCUGGAGAGUCGAGGUUGUGCACUGUUGAGCAUUUAUGCUACGCCAACUUUACUUGCUAAGGAGAAACUUUUUCUGGAUCAAGGAUGGCAGAGAGCUGUUGCCUGGGACAUGCUGAAAGUGUAUAGUAAUUUCAUCGAAGCCCAAGAAAAACGCAGGAUUGAGCGGUUGGAGUUGUUCGAUGAGUUUGAAGAGUGGUACAUGCUGCAGGAGCACUACUGCGUUGCUUAUGCAAUAAACGAUGCAAUGGGUCUAUUUGAGAAAUUCGGUUUCCCUGAAAAUGAAACGGGAACAGCCGUUGCAACAUCCCCAUGA